UCUGCCAUCAUAGUCUCCUCCAGCGCUGUUACUUCCAGCUGGAAACGACGCAAGUGAAGCCAACUCCCCCCAGCUCAAGGCGGGAGCUCCCUCUUCCUCUCUCUGUUCUGCUCUGGGAAAAUGAAGGGCACGGAGGAAAGACAGGCCUCCACGCCCGUCCCCCAGGCUUUUCCCUUUGCCUUCCCGCCCCUCACCAUCCGCCCUCCCAACUAGGCGGAGACGAAGCCACAUUCGCCCUAAGAGAGGCGGGGCCGCCUUUUCUAACCCUGCUCUCGCGAGCUCUCGGAACUCUCGCGAGGUCCGACGCCCGACUUGUGCGCCCGGGAAACCCCGUCGUUCCCUUUCCCCUGGCUGGCAGCGCAGAGGCCGCACGAUGCCUGGAGUUACUGUAAAAGACGUGAACCAGCAGGAGUUCGUCAGAGCUCUGGCAGCCUUCCUCAAAAAGUCCGGGAAGCUGAAAGUCCCCGAAUGGGUAGACACUGUCAAGCUGGCAAAGCAUAAAGAGCUUGCUCCGUAUGACGAGAACUGGUUCUACACACGAGCUGCUUCCACAGCACGGCACCUGUACCUCCGGGGCGGCGCUGGGGUUGGCUCCAUGACCAAGAUUUACGGGGGGCGGCAGAGAAAUGGCGUCAUGCCCAGCCACUUCAGCCGAGGCUCCAAGAGCGUGGCCCGCCGGGUCCUCCAAGCCCUGGAGGGGCUCAAAAUGGUGGAGAAGGACCAAGAUGGGGGCCGCAAACUGACACCUCAGGGACAGAGAGAUCUGGACAGAAUCGCCGGACAGGUGGCAGCUGCCAACAAGAAACAUUAGAACAAAUGAUGCUGGGUUAAUAAAUUGCCUCAUUCGUAA